AUGUCCGAGUUCGACUCAGACCAACGGACUGAGACAUCGGAGCGGCAGUUAUACAACGAGCUGUCGAAGGCAAGGAAGAAUAAUGGAGAUACACUGGCUGUAUGGAUUCGCCUUAUUCAUUGGACGGAAGAGCACCAGUCGACUGCUCCACCUGGCCAUAUGAGGUUCAUUUUGGAGAGGUGCAUUGAAGAUGUCAGGCGUCGCAAGGAAUACUUUCAAGAUGAAAGAUUUUUGGAAGUUUUUCAGAAAUACACAUCUUUCACUAAACAUCUCGGUCCCGCCGAGAUCUACGAACGGCUUGCUGGCCAACACAUCUUUACUGAUCUGUCAAAAUUUUACAUUGCAUGGGCAUUGGAGUUGGAAGCGCGUCGGGACAAUUUCGAGGCGAUGCGAGUUUUUCGCCUAGGCUACGAGGCUCAUGCUCAACCUUCGGAACAUCUUGAACGAGCUUAUGCCGACUUCAUGGCUAGAAAUAGUGUUGAUGAUGAAGAGCGCACUUGUCAUAUCCUCACCACUCUUCAUCCUCAACCUCAAGAAAUGUAUGCGAAGCGCCACAACUUGGAAAAAUUUCCUGAACGUUUUGCACAUCGGCACAGCUUGACUGACGAUGUCUUCAAAAAACAGUGGUUUGUAGAUUUGGUGCCGCAACACGGAAACGGAUUCGACGAGGCUCCCAGUCGAGCAGCGUCUUCUGCUACUAACUCGUUCACCGCUGUCAACGUGCAAAAGGCAUUGGCCGCAUACGGCGACACGCUGCAGUUCAGUACGUGGUCUACCUGCGACGAAAGUAGCAUUGUGCCACGGAACAUUUCUGAGCCAAGCACCGCGAACGAGAUGCUAUCGACUGCUUCGGCGGCUGUUCAUCAAAAAUCCGGCAGCGCAGCAGCAGAUUCAAAGUCUACCACCGCGUUCAAAGUUUUCGACGAGUUCAGUGAUAGCAAGGGCGAUGAACUGACCUCUAACUGCGUGCCAGAAACUUCAGAUGCAAUAGCUCGGUACCAGCACGACGAAUCACAAAAAUCCGAAAAACCGUUAAUAAACACCGAAAGUGCUUCGACUGCUGUAGAAGCAGAUUUUGUAAAAACCGCGGUGGUCACGCAUAAGAAGCAGCUCAUGUCAACGAUGAACAGCCAUCGCGUUGCUGCCACCAUUGCUCGGCUUGACUCGGAAGUAGUGGUGACUUCUUCUCAAGAUGCAGUCGCUGCGUUUUCUACCAGUGACCUUGAGCCUUUACCGACGGUAAGGAUGAAAACACCCGUUACACUACUUGACGCCAGUCCUUGCGCUAGUGGGACAGAUAUGGCUCCUCUACGUAUGAAAUUUGAUGAAGACGAUGCUGGGGUCGAAGAACAGCUGAGAAAAUCUCCGUUAUUCCUUGAAUCAUUGAAUUCAGUGAAAGACGAGAUGCGGGAUUUGGACCUGACCACCAGCGGUGACCUGGAACAUAUUAAUAGUGCGAUAAACCCAUGGGAUCCUGAACUGGUAUUGAAACUUUAUGGUGAGGUCAGGGAACUGCAGCGCGACAAUGAUCACCUUUUCGAAUCGUCUUCUCUGCUUCCAUGCAUGCAGAUCAACAGGUGCGUAACGCUAUGCGGAAAAACAUACAUUUGUGAAAAACUGUUGGCUGAAGGAAGAUUGGAAAAUAUUUACAUGUCCACCGUCCGGGGAACAUAUGAAAAGGUGGUACUCAAAGUUAAAAGGUCCCCCUGUCCAUGGGAACACUACAUAUCUGAAACGAUUUUACAUAGAAUCAAGACGAAGAACUUGAGUCUCGUUGAGAACGGUUUUGCUUGGAUUAAGGAGGCGUAUGUCUUUUCUGAUGGCUUUGUGCUGGCCCUUGAAUUUUUUAAACACCACACGCUAACCAACUUGGUAAAUCGAUAUCGUAACGCUGGCCAAUCUAUGAAAGAGCCGAUGGUCGCCUUUCUGACGUUGGAGAUGAUGAAGCUUUUAAACGCCUUACGAUCCGUCGACAUCAUCCACGCUGGCAUUAAGCCCGAUAGCUUUGUGCUUGUUCAUCCGCACUCUACGUUUCUUCAGCAAAAGGAUGCCGAAUAUGUGGAUUUUAUGAGCCUACCGGUUAGCUGUCUCAGACUGAUGGACUUUAGCCGAUCGAUCGACAUGUCUCUACUUCCCACCGGAUCUACAUUCGCCGGCAGAACGCAUACAUCGAGUUUUGUUUGCUGUGAAAUGCUGGAUGGUAGGCCAUGGACGUAUCAAAUUGACUAUUUUGGACUUCUCUGUACUAUAUGCUUUCUGAUUGAGAAAAAGUAUAUGACGACAUUCAAGUAUGAGAAACGCUGGAAAUGUACAACCUCGAUCCCGAAAACAUGGAAUUUGACCAUUUGGCAUCGUCUUUUCGACUCGCUGUUAAACAUUCAGAGCUGUGAUGAAUUGCCAGACCUAAACAUCUUCAUUGAGGAGUUGUCAAAGUAUUUGAGCAAGUUGAUCACUUAUGAAUACAGUACAUGGGAAUCAGAGCUGCUGAAGAUGUACGAAAUUCUUCGUUGA